GCGAAUUGAACUAACGGAUUACAAUGGUUCAUCCUGAAAUUCUGCAUUAAACAGGCAAAGUUCAGCUUUUCUUUGAAAUGAUGAAGGACAAUGAAAAACAAAAGACGACAAGACUACAUAAACCUGAAAGACAUUGUCAAUGGUUAUAUUCAUCUCUGUCAAUGGGAAGCACAAAAUUCACAUGCACUGAGUGCCUGAGACAGAUAGUUGUGACACCGCAGGCAACAUGGGUUCGCUGUGACUGCAAAGCCGUGUUUACAAUUGGUUCGAAUGGGCAGCUAUGCCAACUCCAUAAUGGCGAUUAUCCGGUAGGAAGCCUCGCCAUGCAACUGAAAUUGAAUAGUUUCAGUCAGGCACAUCCAAGAAGGAGAGCACUUCUUUGCGGAGUGAGCUACAAUAACCGGAAAAUCAAGCUCAAGGGGACGAUGAAUGAUGUGGGACGAAUGCGGUCUCUUCUUGUGGAUCAAUUCAAUUUUCCAAGUGAUUCCAUUUUUGUGCUUGCAGAGGAUCUGAACUUUCCGAAUCGCAUUCCAACCAAGCAGAACGUGCAAAAGGGCUUGAAAUGGCUUGUGGAGGACUGCCAGUCAGGCGACUCACUGGUCUUCUACUUCUCCGGACAUGGCCUACGACAACCUGAUUUCGAUGGAGAUGAGGUUGAUGGAUUCGACGAAACUCUCUGUCCUGUUGAUUUUAAGACUGCCGGAAUGAUCCUCGACAAUGAAAUCAAUAACACCAUUGUUAAGCCUCUGAAGGAAGGUGUCACACUUCACGCCAUCAUCGAUACUUGCCAUAGCGGAACCAUUCUUGAUCUAGAGCAUGUAUACGACAGAAAGAAUUUCAAAAGUCGAAAGUGGGUGGAUAACAAGCCUCCAUCAGGUGCCAAGAAAAGUACCAGUGGUGGACAUGCCAUCUGUUUUAGUGCUUGUGAAGAUCAUCAAUUGGCUGCGGAUACAAAUGCUUUCUCUGGAAAGGAAAUGGCUGGUGCCAUGACUUUCAAUUUUGUCAAAGCAAUCAAGAGCCAUCCCCAAAUAUCAUAUGGUGAGCUGCUCAAUUAUAUGCAUGAGGAAAUCGAAGCAGCUCUCAGGAAAGCAGGAUGUCUCAAUAAUAAGAUCCUAAACAAAAUGUUUCGCCGCAGGAUGAUACAGGAGCCUCAGUUGUCAUCUUCAAAGGAAUUCAAUGUUGAGACAACAAUAUUCAAGUUGUAAAGAUACGUACGUAUGAGAAUGGUCGCUUUAAAUUAUAGUGGAACGUAUUUGCUCAAAAUAAGUCUAUUCCAUUCAAGUUUUGCGCCAAGAAUAAAAAUAACAUGUUCAAUUAAGAUUCAGUUUGAUUCUAAUGAAAGAACAAUUUCAGUUCCUAAAUUUUCGCGUGUGGGUACUGUAAUAAUGUAAUCUCCAAAAAAUGAAUAAUUUUAGGAUAUAAUAAUUAUUAUUAUUGUUAAUUGGAA